CAUUGAUGAUUCAGUCAUAAGAUAGAAUAAUUUCAACAACAACAACAAAAAAACACAAUGUUAAAAUCAUAUAAAACAUUAUUGUCAAUACAUUUGAUUGAAGAACGAAUGGAUGAUGUUGAUGAAUUUAUGGUUGAUGAAAUUGAAAUAAUUGGUAGUAGUCGAUAUUUAUGGCGUUGGACUUAUCCAUCUAUUGAUAAUGAUGUACGUUUUUUUAUUGAAAAACGUUUAGCCAUAUCAUCAUCAUCAUCAUCAUCAUCAUCAUUGUCAACAAUAUUCACAUAUGACUAUGGAAAAUUUACUUUCUAUAAAAUACGUGAAAAAUUCAUCUACAUCCUUACCAAUCAAUCGAAAAGAUUCAGUUUUGUAUUGUUGACUAUCGAUUUCUAUCCAAAAUAUUAUCAAAAAUUAUUAAAAAUUUUUGCUGAAAUUUUUCUUACUGAAAAUUCUAUUCAAAAAUUAUUGAAUGAAUAUCUAACUUUGAUAAUUAUGGAUCGUAUUGAAGUGAUGAUCAAUGAUAAUGGUGAUGAUGGUAAACGAAUACUUUAUUUUCAACGUGACAAUUGUAUUGAAAAUGAAUUUGAUAUGAAAAAAUUACAAUCACAAUUACGGUCAAUUAUAAAAAUGUUUUCAUUGGAUGUGAUUCUCAUUUACACGGCAUUAUUGUUGAAGAAAAGAAUCAUAAUCUAUGGAAAUGAUACACGGACAUUAUUUGAAUUUGUUAUGGCAUUACCAUUGUUCAUACAACAUCGAUUAAACAUGCUCGAUGAACAAUUCAUUCCGAAUGUUGAUCUACAAUGUCCAGAACAGAUUAAUGAUUUGAAAUGUCGUGAAAAUUUUCUAUCAACAUUUAAUGAUCCACGUAUUGAAGAACAUGAAGAUCUUUAUGAUGUUUAUAUAAAUCUAGCUACAAUCGAAAUAACUAUUUCACAUAGAGCAAAAGAAACAUUCAUGAUGACCAAAACACAUAAAGAUGUUGCUAUCACAUUUGUUCGUGUAGCUGAAAAGCAAAGCUCUACCGAUCAAGAUGUUGUGGAUGAAAUAUCAAAAAAAACCAAUGAAUUAUUAAAUAACCUGUACUCUUCGUCGUCAUUGGUGGAUGAUGAUAAUUCAGUGAUAAGAAAAUCUAGAUUAAAGGAAAAAUUUUCCUCACCAAAUGUUGAACAAUUUUUCUUCAAUCUUGCCAUGGCUGAAUGUUUGCCAAUUAUCAAUGAUACAUGA